AUGGCAUUUUCAUCUUGCCUGAAGUGCCAUUCGUGGACUCAUUCUCGAAAUCUAGAGCACCCUUUCCCUCCCACUUCAAAACCCAUAAAAGUAAGUUCUUUCCCAUUUUCUCAGCACCACGAAAAGCAUUUCUCUUCACUCUCAGCUUCGACUUCCUCACCUCCGUCAACCACUUGGCUUUCUCCGGACUUCACUACUAAGCAACUGUUAGAAACCCUUCGUCGCGAAAAUAAUGAAAAUUCAGCUUUUCAACUGUUUGAAUGGGCAUCAAAGCAGCCGAAUUUCACACCCACUUUGCCUGUAUAUGAAGAAGUUCUUCGGAAGCUUGGUUUUGCGGGGUCUUUUGAUAUCAUAGGGCGAAUCUUGGACGAUAUGAAGCGUUCAGGAGUCGAAAUUGUGGAAGGUACUUUUUUUAUUUUAAUUGAUAGUUAUGCGAAAUCCGGGUUUUACGAUGAAGCUAUAGGUGUUCUUGAUAUGAUGGAGAAUGAGUUUGGGGUGAAACCGGGAACUCACAGUUAUAAUUCCCUGUUGAAUGUUCUUGUUGAUGGAAACAAGUUGAUGCUAGUUGAAACCGUGCAUUCUAGGAUGUCGAAUAAAGAUGUGAAACCUGAUGUUUCAACGUUUAAUAUAUUAGUGAAGGCCCUAUGUAAAGCACAUCAAAUUAGACCUGCAAUUUUGAUGAUGGAAGAGAUGUCUAACUAUGGUUUAGUGCCCGAUGAGAAGACUUAUACAACGAUAAUGCAGGGUUAUAUUGAGGAAGGAGAUUUGGAAGGAGCACUAAGGGUUAGAGAACAAAUGGUGGCAGCUCAAUGCCCUUGGAGUAAUGUGACAAUAAAUGUUUUGAUUAAUGGGUUUUGCAAAGAAUGUAGGAUUGAGGAGGCCUUGAUUUUUGUUCAAGAAAUGGCUAACGAGGGGUUUUGUCCAGACAAAUUCACGUUCAAUACUUUAAUAAAUGGUUUAUGCAAAGUGGGGCAUGUGAAGCAUGCUCUAGAGAUCUUGGAUUUGAUGCUUCAGGAAGGGUUUGAUCCAGAUGUGUUCACCUACAACACUGUGAUCUCUGGGCUUUGUAAGAUCGGUGAAGUUAAAGAGGCAAUGGAAAUUCUCAAUCAGAUGUUUUUGAAGGAUUGUUCCCCGAACACCGUCACAUACAACACCAUAAUCAGCACCUUGUGCAAAGAGAACCAAGUGCAAGAAGCUAUGGAACUUGCACAUAUUCUGACAAGUAAAGGAAUCCUGCCUGAUGUAUCUACAUUUAAUUCUCUUAUACAGGGUCUCUGCUUAACCAGCAACUUCAUUAUUGGGAUGGAAUUAUUCAGAGAGAUGAAAACCAAAGGAUGCCAACCGGAUGAGUUCACAUACAAUAUAUUAAUUGACUGCUUGUGCAGCAAAGGAAAGCUAGAUCAAGCUCUGCAAUUACUGAAAGACAUGGAAUCAAGUGGCUGUGCUAGAAAUGUAAUAACUUAUAACACACUAAUUGACGGGUUCUGCAAAAGCAAAAAACUCGAAGAAGCGGAGGAGAUUUUUGAUCAGAUGGAAUUGCAAGGGGUUUCACGAAAUUUGGUCACUUAUAACACACUUAUUGAUGGUCUCUGUAAGAGCAACAGGGUGGAGGAAGCUGCUCAGCUCAUGGAUCAGAUGAUAAUGGAAGGAUUAAAACCAGAUAAAUUUACUUAUAAUUCCCUCCUUUCGCACUUUUGCAGGGCAGGAGAUAUUAAAAAAGCAGCAGAUAUUGUCCAAACCAUGACUUCAAAUGGGUGUGAACCGGAUGUUGUCACCUAUGGGACCCUGAUUCAGGGACUGUGUAAAGCUGGUAGAACUGAGGUUGCCAGUAGGCUCCUCAGAAGCAUCCAGAUGAAAGGAAUGGUUUUGACCCCACAGUGUUAUAAUCCUGUAAUUCAAGCACUUUUUAAGCGGAAAAGAGGAAAAGAAGCCAUGAGACUCUUUAGGGAAAUGGAGGAAAAGAGUGAUCCUCCUGAUGCUAUCUCCUACAAAAUUGUUUUUCGAGGGCUUUGUUCUACUGGAGGUUCGAUUAGAGAAGCUAUUGAUUUUUCCUUUGAGAUGAUAGAGAAAGGCUAUAUCCCAGAAUUUUCUUCAUUCUAUCUGUUGGCUGAAGGGCUUCGUGCUUUGAACAUGGAGGAAGUUCUAAUUAAACUAAUCGACCAGAUAAUGGCAAAAGCAAAGUUCUCGGAGAAUGAGGUGGCCAUGGUAAGGGGUUUCCUCAGAAUCCGUAAAUUUCAAGACGCACUGGCCACCUUUGGCAGCGUAUUGAAUAGCCGAAAGCCCAGAAAAGGUUACUGGUGA